AUGUCAGCUUCAGAAUUGAAUGAGUUGAAGAAGCAAAUAGAAGAGCUACUUGAGAAGAGGUUUAUUCGACCGAGCGUGUCACCGUGGGGAGCACCUGUGUUGUUGGUUAAGAAGAAAGAUGGGA